AUGGCACGGACAAAGCGCGCCAAAGUCGUGUCGCUGACGCAGACCAAGGCCAAGACCCGCGAGCACAAAGAGAACCUGAUCGAAACGAUACGUGAGUCUGCGAAUCAGUAUGCAUAUGUCUGGAUCUUUGCCGUGAGUAAUAUGCGGAAUACAUACCUGGGUGAAGUGCGUAAGCUGUGGACCGGAUCCAAAAUCUUUUUUGGCAAGCUGCGUGUGAUUGCCAAGGCGCUGGGAGAGACACCAGAGGAAGAAAUUCGCCCUGGUCUAGGCCAAAUUGCUAAACGCCUGCGAGGCAAUGUUGGCUUGCUCUUUACAGACUCUCCCCCUGCUGAAGUGCUCGAUUGGUGUAUGGACUACCGCCGUUUGGACUACGCACGUAUGGGCAACCGAGCCACCGAGACCAUUGAACUUCCCGCUGGUCCUGUGUACUGCCGCACGGAUCCUCCAGAGACGCUCCCCCACAACAUUGAGCCGCAGCUUCGUGCCCUCGGCAUGCCGACCCAACUCAAGCGCGGUGUACCAACGCUCUUGGAAAACUUUGUGGUGUGCCGCAAGGGCGAAAAGCUCACGGCUGAGCGUGCACAAAUUCUCAAGCAUCUAAUCGUGCAAAUGGCUCACUUUCGUCUGAUUCCUCUGACGUACUGGUCGGCCGUCGGCGCGCCCGGCGACGACUCAGAGGGCGCUGUGGUCGAUGUACCCGUGUCAGAAGAGGAUCGCGAGCUGAUCGAGGACUCGCGCACAGGAGGCCGCAAGGAUCAGGAAGACGAAAUGCCAGAAGACGAGAUGGAUGCUAUCGAGGCUCGCGAUCAGGCCAUGAUGAUGCCACCAGGUUUGUAG